AUGGCGGCGGGGUUGCGGAAGCGGGGCCCGGCCGGGACCGGGACCGGCUCCGGCGCGCGCUGGGGGCUGGGCCUGGGGCCGGCGCCGCUGAAGCGGGCAUGGCAGGAGCGGCGGCUGCUGCUGCUAGAACCCCGCUACACGCCGCUCGUGGCCGCCUGCCUCUGCCUGGCGGAGGUGGGCAUCAACCACUGGGUCAUACGCAGGGUGGCCUACACAGAGAUUGACUGGAAGGCCUACAUGGCUGAGGUGGAGGGAGUGAUCAAUGGUACCUAUGACUACACUCAACUUAAAGGCGACACAGGGCCCCUUGUCUACCCUGCUGGCUUUGUAUAUAUCUUCAUGGGGCUCUACUAUGCCACAAACCGAGGCACUGACAUCCGCCUGGCCCAGCACAUCUUUCUGGGCCUCUACCUUGCCACACUGCUGCUCGUGUUUCGAAUCUACAGCCAGACAAGAAGGGUGCCCCCUUUUGUCUUUUUCUUCAUGUGUUGUGCCUCCUAUCGGGUCCACUCCAUCUUCGUUCUUCGUCUCUUCAAUGACCCUGUGGCCAUGGCCCUGCUCUUCCUCAGCAUCAACCUCCUGCUCUCCCAGCGCUGGGGCUGGGGAUGUGGCUGUUUCAGCCUGGCUGUGUCGGUGAAGAUGAAUGUGCUGCUUUUCGCACCAGGGCUGCUCUUUCUCCUCCUAUCUCAGUUUGGCCUCCGAGGGGCCCUCCCCAAGCUGGGCAUCUGCGCCCUCCUGCAGGUGGCUCUGGGCUUGCCCUUCCUAUUGGAGAACCCGGCCGGCUAUCUGUCCCGCUCCUUUGACCUUGGCCGGCAGUUCCUCUUUCGAUGGACAGUGAACUGGAGGUUCCUGCCUGAGGCGCUCUUCCUGAAUCGGGCUUUCCACCUGGCCCUGCUGGCAGCUCAUCUCAGUCUGCUGACACUCUUUGCCUUCUGCAGGUGGCCCAGGUCAGGAGAAAGCAUCCUGUCUCUCUUGAAAGACCCCUCAAAGAGGAAGACCCCAGCCCAGCCCCUCACUGCUAACCAGAUCGUCUCGGUGCUCUUCACGUCUAACUUUAUCGGGGUCUGCUUCAGCCGCUCCCUCCACUACCAGUUCUACGUCUGGUACUUCCACACGCUGCCCUACCUCCUGUGGGCAACACCCUCGCGCUGGCUCACCCACUUGCUCAGGUUAUUAGUGCUGGGCCUGAUUGAGCUCUCCUGGAACACGUACCCCUCCACGUCCUGUAGCUCUGCGACCCUUCACCUCUGCCAUGCUGUCAUCUUGCUGCAGCUGUGGCUGGGCUCCAAGACCCUCCCCGAGGCCUCCCAGCCCCUUCAGCAUAGCAAGAAGGCCCUGUGAACUCUUAGGGCCCCCGCCUCGGACUCUGGGGUGUUGAUGGACUCUGGUCCCUGUCAAACUGCCUCCCCAAUAAACCUGGCCAAGCCCCAA